CACUCACUCCUGCCUGUAAACAGUGCAGAAUUAUGCAUGCAUGGUAGUAAUUCAACGUGAUCAUGGAUUUAACAAGAAAAAUAAGGUGGCUGGCCGUGUUCAUCAAAUAAGAUUACAGUCGUCUGCUUCAAUCAAUACUUUGUGUAGUCUGCAGUAGUAAGCAGAUAAAAUAGAGUCAUGGUCCACAAAGGCGGAAACGAUUCUUAACUAAUGUUUACCACCCAAACCUGAAAUAUCAUAUUUAUAUGUGAAAUAUUACCUUCUUUGGAGAUAGAAAACAGAUGAGGGGUCUUGGAUGUCUUUUACACCAUUUAUAAAGGCAGGUGCUCGGAUGAAAUCAUUAUACUAUGGAGAUGUAUAACGCAGAAAGCUACAGAAACCGAGAUAUUCUAGAAGUUGUCAUUCAACAAAAAGAAGAGAAAAAAAUUAAAGACAAUGAAGAGAAACAAAAGGAACAAGUUUUGCACAUGCGCCGAACACCGGAAAUUGUCAGCAGACCAUCAAGUCGAAUGUCUUCCAAACAAACUUCUGUACAGACAGAACAAAAACCAAAAGAAAGUAAUGUUAUAAAAAGGUCUGAAUACAUUGCUCAAAACAAUGUUUCACAAACUAUUCAGAGCCUGGCGAUUUUGUGUUUAGCUUCCUCUGUUGUUUUAAUUUUGGAUAUUUAUGUGUUUCUUGUGGGUACCGGUGAUCCUCCUGAGGGAGGAUUUAGGAACGGAAGUUUACUGACGUCAUUGAAACAGUAUGAGGAUGUGACGGAAGUAUUCACUGCUUUCUCAACUCUUGUGAUGAUUUUGUCAGCGAACUGUGUGUUGGUGUGUUCUAUGCAAUGUUUUAUAGCUUCAAAAGUCAUCAAGACUGUCGACGGCCCAGAAAGGGCUAUGAAAUACUUCCGUGAAUGUUCCAGCAGCAGACUGGUUGCAGUAGUUGGCUUUUUCAUAUCAUUUCCAGUUUUUCUGUUAACUUUAAUGUUGUGUGUGGUGUUACGUUUAAAAAGGACGUCAGCUUUAACUGCUGUUGUGGUACUCAUCAUAGGAACAAUGUUAGGUUUACUGUGUAUGGUACAAAACAUUUACCACUGGUACGACGAGAUGUCAAGUGCUUCGAGGGGACUUCCGGCGUACAAAGAUAGUAACAAAGACGAUGACGAAAACAGAGAUCUCAAUACUCUAGUGUAGUUAGGACGAUUCUUACUAGAUUAGUUUGGAAAUACUUUCAAAUUUCGUUAUCGGGAACUUGAUGGAACCGAAAUUUCCGAGGAUUCGAGAUGCCAAGGCUAUAAUGUAAAAUUCACUUCGAUAUAUCCGUAGUAUUCGAGAUAUCGAUGUUGAAGACACAAAAGUUCAACUGUAUUGUGAGGAUUGAAUCUGAAACAUAUCGAAAGUGAUUAACAAGGUGCUACUGCUUUCGAUCAUUGGAAACUCGGGGAUUGAUUUUGGAUAUGAUGCAUGUUGAAAAUCAAGUGAUUGUUGUUGGAGAUGCAGAUAUUCAUUCUACUGAUUGAUAUUUCAGGAAAUUAUAAAUAUAUAUUCUAUUUUAUAUCCGGUGCCAUCAUGUUUUAUAAAUUAGUCCUACUUUGUGAUUUUUAUCCAAAAUUCGUUUUGAAAGAGUGAAAACAAUUUAUGGAUGGCAAUUACAGAGAGCAGGUGGAUUUUAGUUAUAAAAGAAUGUGUGUUUUUAUGUCAUUUAUAAGUUGCAGUUUUCAUAAUGUAUGUGAUUUAUGAAUUGCUUUGCAUUGACUCUGUAUUAGUUUACACAAGACUUGCAGCCCACACUGAUUUUAGAUAUUUUUAUGAUGUAUUUAUAUAAUUUUUUAAUGAACUAGAUUCAAAUUCUAGGUAUCAUGCAGGGCAAAGAAUUGAAGAUUUUUGUCACAAAGCCGACUUAUUUUUUCUCCACCAAAAAUCCCCCAAAAAAGAAACAAAAAUUGGGUUACUUUAACGUACAGACAAUAACUACCAUUACAAAGUA